AUGGCCAAGCAGGAGGUCAAGGUGUACCUUGGGAUCCUUCUGAUAAUGGGAUUUGUUGAGCUUCCCAGUUACGGCGAUUACUGGUUGACCAAUCUCAUUCUUCGUCACCACAUCAUUCCUGAGGAAGGAGCUCCACUCCCAGAGGACAGGUUGUGGAAGCUCCGACCAGUCGUGGACGCCCUCAACGACUCGUUCCAGACGACUUUCAUCCCAGGGAAGGAGAUCGCCACUGACGAGUCAUUGUGGAAGUUCCGUGGGUGCUGCAGGGUACACCGUGGCGACAUGCCUUCUUCCACAAAAGUGGUGCUUCAUCUGAUGGAGUAUGGCAGCUGUCUUGACAAAGGGUACCAGUUGUUUGUUGACAACUGGUAUAUGUCACCUACGCUCUUUCAUUUGUUGCAGUCACAAAGGACGAAUGCAGUAGGCACAGCCCGGCUGAACAGGAAGUUCAUGCCAUAG